AAGCAGCGGCUGUUGUUGGAGUUUUAGACAAUAAAAGGACAGAGCAGCAGCAGCUUAGGGAGAGAGACCGUCCUUCAUCAUGAAGUGUCUGGUGUUUAUGCUGUUGGUGGCACUGAGCAGCGCUAAAGUCUUUGAGCGCUGUGAAUGGGCGCGAAAGCUGAGGAGCCAUGGGAUGGACGGCGUUGGUGGCUACAACCUCGCCAACUGGGUUUGUCUGACCAAGGGCGAGUCGGACUACAACACCAGAGCCACCAACCGCAACACUGAUGGCUCCAUCGACUACGGCAUCUUCCAGAUCAACAGCCGCUAUUGGUGUAACAACGGCCAGGGGCCCACUUCAAAUGCAUGUGGAAUCAGCUGCAGCGAACUCCUGAAGGACGACGUCACUGCGGCAAUCAGGUGUGUCAAACGUGUCGUUCAGGAUCCCAACGGCAUCAGAGCCUGGGUUGCCUGGGUACGUCACUGUGAGGGUCGUGACCUGAGUUCCUACGUGAGAGGAUGUGGAGUUUAACCGACGUCUGGAACCUGCAGAGCCAAGUCUCUUAUUCAUGGUUAUAAAUUCAUGAUGCUUAUUUUAAAACCACAAUAAAAGGUUGAUUUGACAAAGA